CAAAACUUUGGUGCCAGCGCUGGUGUUUGCAGAGCUACCGGGCGCAUGCUGGCGUCAGAUGGAGCAGGCUUAGAGGACGCUCAGAGGGACCCCCCUGCCAAGUAGCCUCCGUAUUUCUGAGAUUGUUUAGGUAGAGGGCAGAGGCAGAGGGAGCGUGCCUCUGAGCGCACGCCUGUGGUUGCAGAAUGGCGGUCACAGAGCCGUACAGAAAGCUCAUCAAACUGUAUGCGCGGGCCUUCUACGAUGGCGAGAUGCUGGCGCCCAGCCCCAGCGACAAGCCGAAGAAGGGCAAGUCGAGCCGGGGGCUCGCCGUGGUCGUACUCGACACGCUGAUGCGGCGGCAGUGGAUCAAGGAGGAGGAGCUGGCGAAAGACCUGCAGCUGCACGCAAAGCAGCUCAAGAAGGUUCUCAAGGUGCUGCAGGACGAGGGCAUAGUGGUGCGCGACAGCAGGAAGGAGACUGUCCUCAGAGACCCCUCCAAGCCCCCCCGAGGAGCCAAGCCCGACGACGUGAAGGCGGAGGUCAAGGCAGAGAUCGGUCUCGCGCACGAACCCAAACCCCCCAAACCCCCUGGGGGUGCCGACGACGGAGAAGACGAGGAAGCGCCCAAGCCGAAGUACCACACGUAUACGUAUUGUUCGAUCGACUACGCGCUCGCGCUGGACGUGAUGCGGUAUCGGCUGCUGCGCGCGCGGAAAAAGCUGCGGGACGAGGUGGACGACAAGAACGUGGUGCAGGAGUACGUGUGUCCGGGGCCCAACUGCGGCGCAAAGUACACAGCCCACGACGCCGCGGCUCUGCUCAACUUCGACGACCACGAGCUGCACUGCUCUAGGUGCGACACGGUGCUGAUCGAGGACUCGGCGGACCUGGCAAAAAUGGACAUCGGCACCAAGGAGGACAACGAGCGGCGCCGCCGGCGGGAGGCCGUUAAGGACAUGCUGGCGCGAAUCGAGUUGCAAAUCAAGCCCCUCACCGACCAACUCGAGGUCGUCCGGAACCUGCCCCCCCCUGUGACGCUCUCCCUCAGCGAGUGGGUCCUCCAAAACAGCGUCAUGCAGCAGACGCUCGGCUCCGCGGACGGAAAAGAGGACCGGAAAGGACACGUGCCGACCCACGUGCCCCUUCCGUUCAUGGGCGAGACGCAAGUCAAGGUAGAAAUUGCCGGAGCCGGGGGUGCCGCGCAGGCUGCCCCGCAGGAGGAGGCUGCCCCCCUGAAGCAGCUGCCGCCGUGGAUGAUUCGGCAGAGCAUGACGAACUUGACAGCCGAGCAGCGGGGAGAGUAUGCGCUGCCCCCGGGGGUAAAGGAGGAGUUGGUUAAGGGCGAACCGAAGCCGGAACCCGAGGUGGGGCAGUUUGCGGUGAAGCCGGAACCUGGGUUGGUUAAGGAGGAGCCCGCGGACCCGGAAGCGGAGCAGCGGAGAAUACAGGAAGAGUAUGCAAAGGCGUACUAUGCUGCGUACCAAGAGAGCCUGAGGAAAGCGCAGGAGGAGGCUGCGGUUGCGGCGGAAGUCAGGGAGGAUAACGGCGUUGGGUUAACGGCAGGGUUAGAGGCGAAAGCGGAAGAGGAAGGGAUGGAAUGGGAGGAGGGGCCUUCGGACGCUGGGGCAGCGGGGUUGGACGUCCGAAUUCAGGAGCAGGAAGAGGGGGCGUACGAUGAUGAGGAGUGGGAAGAGGGGGGCACAGCAGAUGCACUGCCUGGUCAGGACGUGGACAGAAAGCAAACAGAGGAAGUGCUACAUGCAGAGGACGAUCUGGAUUGGGAGGAAGGGGGUUGACUGAACGGUUGUCUGGACCUAGGUUGCACAGCAGGUUCGCGUUCUCGUGCAUCACUUUGCAGACUGGAAACGUUUGCAUUCCUAC